UGUGGCUUCCGCUCCCCCAUCGGGCCCCGCUGGCGGUGAGGGAAGAAGGCGGAAGUUGUGGGAGUGAGGAAGGCGGGCGAGCGUCGCGGUGCGCAUGCGCCGAUCUUCAUGGAGCGCCGAGGGGCUCCGAGGGACGGAGGGCAGCCCAGGUUUUGGAUGAAGUAACUCUGAAGAAGGGACAGUGAAAAGAAAAGAAGUCCAGGGUGAGAACUUCUGAUGCAUAACCGACUAAAGAAAUGAAGGGCAGGCAGCAGAAAGCAUCAGAGACAGAAGAGGGGACGGUUCAGAUCCAGGAAGGAGCAGUAGCGACAGGUGAAGAUCCCACCAGCGUGGCCAUUGCGAGCAUCCAGUCGGCAGCCACCUUUCCGGAUCCCAACAUCAAAUAUGUCUUCCGAGCAGAGAAUGGAGGUGCUCAGCUGAUGUACAGAGUCAUACAGGUGGCCGAGGGCCAACUGGAUGGCCAGACGGAGGGCAGUGGGGCCAUCAGUGGCUACCCUGCGACACAGUCCAUGACCCAGGCUGUCAUCCAAGGCGCAUUCACAAGCGAAGAUGCAGUGGACUCCGAAGCCACGGCCACCGAGACCCACUACACUUAUUACCCUGCCACCGCAGUGGCCGACACCAGCACUUCUGCCGGAGCAGGGACGACUGCGGUGGUCACCACCCAGAACUCAGACGCCCUUCUGGGACAAGCCACGCCCACCGGCACAGGGCAGUUUUUCGUCAUGAUGUCACCCCAGGAAGUGCUGCAGAGUGGGACCCAGCGGUCGAUCGCGCCCCGGACUCACCCUUAUUCCCCGAAAUCAGAAGCUCCACGGACAACGCGGGAUGAGAAGCGUCGGGCUCAACACAACGAAGUGGAACGCCGACGCAGGGACAAGAUCAACAACUGGAUUGUCCAGCUGUCCAAGAUCAUUCCAGACUGUUCUAUGGAGAACACCAAGUCUGCACAGAGUAAAGGAGGGAUCCUCUCCAAAGCUUGUGACUACAUUCAAGAAUUAAGACAGAACAAUAUCCGUCUUUCUGAGGAGCUGCAAGGCCUGGAACAACUCCAGGUGGAUAAUGAAGUCUUGCGACAACAGGUCGAAGAUCUGAAGAACAAGAACCUGAUUCUACGAGCACAGCUCCGACAGCACGGCGUGGAGGUGAUCAUCAAGGAGUCCCACUGACCAGCCCCUCACCGGGAGGGAGGGCAUUGCUCAAGACACGCCGCCCACAGCAGGAGGCUCUGCUGCCCGGCAGUACCUGGGCUUCCCAGCCAGCCUUCCUCCCUCUCUCUGUGCUGCAUCGGAAGGCUGUGUCCCCCCCCCCUCAAGGCCAGGGCUCAGCUCAGGACACUCGACUUUGCCCAGUGGCGCCCCUUGGCUUGGCCCUCCGGGCUUGACGUUGACAAACGUACUCUUGGUUCGUAGGCCCCCUAAAACGAAUACACCCCCCGCCCCCGAGUUGUGUUGAUCCUCUCCCAGCCCUGCCGUUUUGCUCAGCAUUGCCGCCCGCUCGCACGCUUCCUCCGACGCCCCUUGCAUGCAACCUCACGUAGUUCCCUUCCACGGUUCCCUACUCCCACCUGUGGGCAGAGACCUCCGGGGAACCUUCCCCUCCAAGGCCCUGGUCCUGCCAAGCGAGGGAGUGGCGCUCUGUGCAGCCCCUUCCGCUUGCCCUCUUUCGCCCCCACCUUCCUUCUCUCCCGGGAUGGAUUCCGGAAGGCCGACGCUCGACGCUCCCUGUGGGGAAUCCCUCGUUGCCCAAAAAGACGCAACGUGGCUCACGUGCAGAGUGCCCAGGACUGGAGCGGGUCCCGAGUUCAUCGCUCUCUCGAAGAUGAUGCAUCUAACGAUCAGGAUAGCAGUUCUCUUUUUUUUUUUUUUUUUCGUUUUUCUCUUUUUUUAAAAAAAGAACAACCUGCAUUUGGGACAAAAAAAAAAAAAGGAACGUAAUUAAAUAGCUGCCUUGCUGGGUUCA